AAUGAAAAUAAGAGACAUGGGAAUAGAAAGGCAAGUAACGGAAGAAGAGAUGUCAGUAAGUCCAUUUGCACGGCUGUUUAGCUUGCCAGGUCUCGAUGUCUUCAACAUUGUAACCAUUGGAUGCAAAAGCGAAUGCAAUCCAUCAACCAUUGUUGAAGGCUUAAAGAACACAUUGAUCAACCAUCCACGCUUCUCUAGCAUACUGGUGACUGGUUAUGGUGAGCAGAAAGGAAAAGCUAAAUGGAUUCCAACGAAAGUAAAAGUUGAAGACCAUGUAAUUGUUCCGGAUAUAGAUCCCAACAUUGAGAAUCCUGAUGAAUUUCUAGAGGACUAUACAUCUAAUAUGGCUCUCUCUCCAAUGGAUAUGUCCAAACCUUUAUGGGAGUUUCAUAUAUUGAAGCUUAAAACAUCACAUGCCGAAUCUGUAGCCGUGGCUAGGUUCCAUCACUCUUUGGGCGAUGGGAUGUCUCUUAUGUCUCUUUUACUCGCUUGUACCCGGAAAACAUGUGAUCCCGAGGCGCUGCCUACCUUUGUGGUUCCGAAGAAAACCAAAGCGAAGAACGUUUGUUUUGCAUUGGUUGCUUGGUUCUGGUUCAUAGUAAGAGUAAUGUUCCACACUUGUGUUGAAGUUAUCAAGUCUAUGAUUUUUAUUUGUCGUGCGAGGGACAUCUCAGCUCAUAUAAUGGGUAAACCAGGAGCUACACUUAGCAGUAAUAAGUUUAUUCAUCGAAUCAUUAGUUUGGAUGAUGUCAAAAUGUUGAAGAACGCCAUGAAUAUGACUGUAAAUGAUAUUGUUUUUGGGAUGGUACAAGCUGGUCUUUCUCAAUAUUUGCAUCAAAGAUAUGAUCAUCUUGAAACAUCUCCAAAGUCAAGAAAACUUAUAGACGAACAACGUCUUCAUGGUGUUGUUUUUUUCAAUCUAAGGCCAAAUAGAGAUAUUGAGGAUUUGGCAAAUAUGAUGGCAAAAGGUUCAAAAUGUAGAUGGGGGAACUCAAUAGGUUAUGUUCUAAUUCCCUUGGAGAUGAAGUCAAACGAUGAUGUAUUUGAAUAUGUUCGACAAUCCAAAACUAUGAUGGAUCGUAAAAAACAUUCCCUCGAACCUCUAUUUUCCCAUGGGUUGCUCAGAUUAACGUUGGAGGUUUUUGGAAUCAAGGCACUUAAAAAUCUAAUAGCGAGAAUUUUUGGAAGCACAACAAUAAUAUUCACUAAUGUGGUUGGUCCAUCCGAAGAAAUUAGUUUUUUUGGCCAUCGUAUAUCUUACAUUGCUGCAAGUACCUUUGGUGUUCCACAGGGUCUCGUUAUCAAUAUACAGAGCUAUGUGGAGAAACUCAUAAUCAACAUCGGAGUUGAUGUAGACGUGAUUCCAGACCCUCAUCACCUAUGUGAUCUCAUCGUCGAAGCUCUCCACAUGAUGAAGUCUGCUGCUCCUCAAAAGACUUUUCAUGCUCCAGAGGUUUAACGGAAAUGCUCGGCGUGCUUACAUAUAUGGAUGUACACAAACGCUAUUUAAUUACAACAUACAUAGUCAAUAAUUCAAAUAAGCUUCUUCACUUUCAUCCAUUUCACAUGAAAUAGCUGCCUUGUCUAGGAAUCUGCAUAAUAUUCAAGAAAAUGAAACUAUAAACAUUUUUU